AUGACCGGUCUGGCACUGUCAUUGUUGGCAAGCACCGUCAUUGGUUCCCUCGCAAGUGUGAACAUGAAUGAAGUCAUCUCCACUGGUGGCGGCUUCGGAAGUCUCAACCGCGACAAAUCCGUACAGGAAGCUGUUGUUACUCUCGAGGACGGUGUAUUCGAUGUGAAGGAGAUGCCUCGUGACACUCCAUUCGCUGUUGCCUCCGGUCUCUAUACGGACACUCUCUAUGAGCUCGGUUGGGAUCAGCUCCAAUUGGACGCUGGUUCUGAUUACUAUUGCGAGAAGGAUAGGAUGUACGCCAUGGGUAUGUUGGAGUCUUAUUUCACCCACGACCGUAUCUACGAUUUCUGGCAGAACUUCAACCAUAAUGAUCUCGAGGGCAGCCCAGCUGGUGUGAAGCAGUGGUUCAAAGACCAGUGGGAAUUUGUGAAGAUUAUGACUCAGACCAGUAACGACACUUUCUGGCAAAACAUGGCUCUGAUCGAGGCCCAAACUGAAGGGUAUAUUGAUGGUUAUCAGAAGUUCCACUCUGAAGGUAAAGAGAUCGAUCCUCUCGAUAUGUACAUCCUCCAGUCAUGGGGUGAUCUUGGUGAUGUACAGGAAGGCUUCCGUGCUGCUGCUAAGCAACCCGCUGAGGACCUCGCCACAGCUCCCGACGCCGAUGCUGAUUUCGAGGCUGGUCCUGGUACUCUGAGCCAUGGUAGUUGCACUGCCAUGAUCCGUCUUAUGGAUAAUGGCGAGAUUGGCUUUGCUCAUAACACUUGGC